UUUCGGAUUUGGAUCAAAUUUUGCCAUUUGCGCCAAGAGAUUGUUGCAGAGGAUCACAAGCGAAGUCGAUAGCAGUCUCUUGAGUGGUUCUUUCAGACAUUUCGUCGAGCAUAGUGCGCCCGCGGAAAGAAAACAAAACAUUUGAAAGAAGUUUCAAAGAUCAAAUCUUUCGAGAGGUUUCAGCCAUGGGACGCUCUCUUCUUUUCUCUCAUCUCUUUACCCUCAACAAUACUGCCCCCUGCUUUGCUUCUUCAGCAUUAAGAGGCCCAAGAUUGAUUCCCAGCAUUCGCAACCAAAGUUUUAGGUGCAUUUGCAACGUCCCCAAAUCCGAGUCUUUGGGUUUCGAGAAUCCUCCGAUCGCUGUAAAGAAAAGAAUAGUCUCUGGUGUGCAGCCAACAGGGUCUAUUCAUCUUGGGAAUUAUCUUGGUGCCAUAAGAAAUUGGAUCCAGUUGCAGGAUAAGCACGAGACAUUCUUUUUCAUUGUAGACCUUCAUGCGAUAACGUUGCCGUAUGAUGCAUCCCAAUUAUUGAAAGCAACUAAGGACACAGCUGCUCUUUAUUUAGCAUGUGGUGUGGACCCUUCGAAGGCCUCAGUCUUCGUACAGUCUCAUGUUGCUGCUCAUGUAGAGUUGAUGUGGCUUUUGAGUGCUGCCACACCCAUUGGGUGGCUCAAUAAAAUGAUUCAAUUUAAAGAGAAGUCACGGAAAGUGGGGGAUGAAAAUGUUGGCGUUGCCCUUCUAACUUAUCCUGUGCUGAUGGCUUCUGAUAUUCUUCUGUACCAGCCUGAUCUUGUUCCUGUUGGAGAGGAUCAGAAGCAACAUCUUGAAUUGACACGAGAGCUUGCAGAACGCGUUAACUAUUUAUAUGGAGGUAAAAAAUGGAAGAAAUUGGGAGGGCGAAAUGGUCCGUUAUUCAAGGUACCUGAACCCCUUAUUCCACCUGCUGGAGCUCGAAUAAUGUCUCUUACUGAUGGCCUAUCAAAGAUGUCAAAGUCAGCACCUUCUGACCAAUCUCGUAUCAACUUGCUUGAUCCAAAAGAAGCAAUAUCAAAUAAGAUAAAACGAUGCAAGACUGACUCAUUUAUUGGCUUGGAAUUUGACAAUCCUGAUAGACCGGAAUGCAACAAUCUUCUUUCUAUUUAUCAGCUUGUAUCAGGCAAGACAAAGCAGGAGGUUGCCGAGGAAUGCCAAGGCAUGAGUUGGGGAACAUUUAAGCCUUUGCUCACAGAUGCUUUAGUUGCACAUCUGCAUCCAAUCCAGGUUCGCUACGAGGAAAUUAUAUCAGAUAGUGACUAUUUGGACGAAGUUUUAGCAGAAGGCGCUAAGAAAGCAGCAGACGUUGCAAAUGUUACUCUCCAUAAUGUUUACCAGGCAAUGGGUUUUUCGCGAAGGUGAUUUUACCCUUUUUUUUCAACACUUAAAUUUUUUUUGAAAGCAUGUCUAUGUAAAGUAUACAAUGGUUUUUGUUCAUUGCAGUAUAAAGUUUUGGAUAAAAUAAAAGAUGAUGAUAAUU